CGGCACAUGCUGCGGCUGCACCCUCCUUUUUUCAGAAGUGACCUAAACCCAAGAUUACAUUUGAUUCUAUUCAAUCCAAUGCCGGGUAUUAGCCUACAUUUACGGGAAGUGUGAUGAAGGAGCAGUUACUUUGUUGAGAUUGGAUACUAGAAGGGGUAGUAGCCAAGUUACAGUAUUUUUUUAGGGAAGCUCAUGGCGGCGGUGGAGGUGAGUGUGAGUAGCGGCAGUAGUGACACAUCUAGCACGGGCGAAGAGGAGAGGAUGAGGCGUUUGUUUCUGACUUGCGACGGCGACGGUGAUGGAUACAUCAACAGGAAUGACCUGCUGAUGGUGUGCAGACAACUAAACAUGGAGGAGUCUGUGGCAGAGAUCAUGUGCCAGCUGGGAGCGGAUGAGCGAGGCAAGAUCUCCUUCGAGGACUUCACCCGCUGCCGCAUGCAGCUGGUCAACGAGAUCCGCAAGGAAGAGGGCGAGCUCUCCCAACGCUCCCAGAACUCUGAAACUAAGAAGCUCAGGGAACACCUCGCCUCCUGGCCAACCAGCAGCGAGAACAGCCUGGGGGCCCUGUCAGGGGCCAGAGAGAGCUGGGAGUACGACUCUGGGGCCAGGGACCUCCAGAGUCCAGACAUCCAGCCUCGGCAAACACAGACCCAGCAACAGCCAGCCAUCCUCCAGAAGCUCCUGGAACAGCCUGGGACUGUCCAAGAACAGCAGGCUGCCCUCCAUAUGCUCCUGGCCCAGACCAGCGCCCACUGUGGCCCCCCGGGGGGAAAUUACCUGGAGCUGGCCAACACGCUCCAGCUGACAGCCCUGGCCUCGUGUAAGGGGGACGUGGUGGAGCUGAACAAGCGGCUGGUGGAGACGGAGAGAGAAAGAGAGCUGCUGGAGAAGAGACUGGCCAAAGCACAGUGUGAGCAGUCCUAUCUGAUGCGGGAGCAUGAGGAUGUUCAGGAGCGGACCACCCUACGAUACGAGGAGAGGAUCACAGAGCUUCACAGCAUCAUCGCUGAGCUCAACAAGAAGAUAGACCUGCUACAGGGCACUACCAUUAGGGAGGAGGAUGAGUUUUCGGAGCUGCGUUCGGAGCUCAGCCACAGCCAGCUCGAGGUCAACGAGGACGGACACAGCCUGGACCAGGACGGGGCAUCCGUCUCACUGCCUGAAAACCACUCCACCCUGGUGACCGCCGACAUGGACAACUGCAGUGACCUGAACUUGGAGCUGCAGCGGGUUCUGACGGGGCUGGAGAGCGUGCUGUGUGGGAGGAAGAAGAGCACAUGCAGCCUGUCUGUGGCCGAGGUGGACCGCCACAUAGAGCAGCUGACCACCGCCAGCGAACACUGUGACCUUGCCAUCAAGACGGUGGAGGAGAUCGAGGGAGCCCUCGGACGGGACUUCUACCCCAGCCUGUCGGAGGAGCGGAUGCACUGGGAGAAGGAGCUGGCCGGCCUGAGGGAAGAGAACGAGAGCCUGACGGCCAUGCUGUGCUCCAAGGAGGAGGAUCUGAACCGCACCAAGGCCACCACGAACGCCAUCCGGGAGGAACGUGACCGCCUGAGACGACGGGUGCGGGAGCUGCAGACGCGUCUCCAGAGCUCCCAGCCUGCAGGCCUGUCCAGCCCUGGGCGUCUCACCCCCGCCUCCCGCCCCAUCAACCCCAGCACUGGGGAACUCAGCACCAGCAGCAGCAGUAACGAUAUACCUGUGGCCAAGGUGGCAGAGCGGGUGAAGCUGUCUAAAACCAGGUCGGAGUCUUCUUCCACCGAGAGGCCUGUUCUGGGACCAGAGAUCAGCAGCAUCGGGGUGUCCAGUAACGUGGCGGAGCACCUAGCACACUCCCUCCAGGACUGCUCCAACAUCCAGGAGAUCUUCCAGACCCUAUACUCCCAUGGAUCAGCCAUCUCUGAGAACAAGAUCAGAGAGUUUGAGGUGGAGACGGAGAGACUUAACAGCCGCAUCGAGCACCUGAAGUCUCAGAACGACCUGUUAACCAUCACGUUGGAGGAGUGUAAGGGCAACGCAGAGAGGAUGAGCAUGCUGGUAGGCAAAUAUGAGUCCAACGCUACCGCACUACGACUGGCACUGCAGUACAGUGAACAGUGUAUAGAGGCCUAUGAACUGCUGUUGGCGCUGGCGGAGAGUGAACAGAGCCUGGUACUGGGCCAGUUCAGAGCUGCAGGAGUGGGGACUGUAGGUGAGAAGUCGGGAGAGGAGAGCAUCACUCAGAUCCUGAAGAGGGCCCACGACUGCAGGAAGACCGCAGAGAACGCAGCCAAGGAUCUUCUGGGCAGGCUGGACGGUAGCUGUGGAGCGGCAUUCGCUGUGACUGGCUGCAGCGUUCAACCAUGGGAGAGCCUGUCCUCCAAUAGUCACACUAGCACCACCAGUUCCACCACCAGCUCGUGCGACACAGACUUCUCCAAGGAGGACGAGCAGCGGCUGAAGGACUACGUGCAGCAGCUGAAGAAUGACCGUGCGGCGGUUAAGCUGACCAUGCUGGAGCUAGAGAGCGUUCACGUCGACCCCCUCAGCCUUGAGGUCAAGCCCCGGGGAGACGCGCACCGUCUGGACCUGGAGAACGCCGUGCUGAUGCAGGAGCUCAUGGCCAUGAAGGAGGAGAUGGCGGAGCUGAAGGCCCAGCUCUACCUGCUGGAGAAGGAGAAGAAGGCAGUGGAGCUGCGGCUGAGCACGCGGGAGGCCCAAGAGCAGGCCUACCUGGUGCACAUUGAGCACCUGAAGGCCGAGGUGGAGGAGCAGCAGGAGCAGCGCAGGAGAUCCCUCAGCUCCACUGGGAGUGGUAGUAAAGAUAAGAGCCAAGCCGCCAAGGAUUGUGGAGACUCUCCGGCCAUCAGCCUAUCAGACCUGAGGACACUGAAUGAUAGCGACCUGGCAGCAGAGCUCACCAACGCAAUGAGACGGGAGAAGAAGCUAAAGGGGCGUGUCCAGGAGCUAGUGGCAGCGCUGGAAAGACUAACCAAGAGUAGCGAGGUCCGCCACCAGCAGAGUACCGAGUUCGUCAAUGAUCUCAAACGGGCAAACAGUAACCUGGUGGCGGCGUAUGAGAAGGCCAAGAAGAAGCACCAGGGCAAGCUGAAAAAGCUGGAGGCUCAGAUGAUGGCCAUGGUGGAGCGCCACGAGACCCAGGUUCGCAUGCUCAAACAACGCAUCGCCCUGCUGGAGGAGGAAAACUCACGGCCACACACCAAUGAGACCUCCCUAUGAGAACUGAUGAGACGUCGCUAUGAGAACUCACCAGACGUCGCUAUGAGAACUCGCCAGACGUCGCUAUGAGAACUCACCAGACGUCGCUAUGAGAACUCACCAGACGUCGCUUUGGGAACUCACCAGACGUCGCUUUGGGAAGUCGCUUUGAGAACUCACCAGACGUCGCUUUGAGAACUCACCAGACGUCGCUUUGAGAACUCACCAGACGUCGCUUUGAGAACUCACCAGACGUCGCUUUGAGAACUCACCAGACGUCGCUUUGAGAACUCACCAGACGUCGCUUUGAGAACUCACCAGACGUCGCUUUGAGAACUCACCAGACGUCGCUAUGAGAACUCACCAGACGUCGCUAUGAGAACUCACCAGACGUCGCUAUGAGAACUCACGAGAACUCAUCGAAAUGAGAGACAUCGCAAUGAGAGACAUCGCAAUGAGAGACAUCACUGUGAGAACUUUCAGCCAAAACCCACAGCGCCACACCAACAGGACCUCCGCGUGAGCAAUGCAAGGAGACUUCAUGUCCACAUUAUUAUAUGAAACAUCAUUACGAGCAACGGUUAGAGGAGGGGACGAGGGAAAGGAAAGGCUGGUGUGUGUGUGUGCUGAGAAUGUAACCCUUCCCUACCAACCCAUAGACACCCUGCAGUCCUAUUGGGCACAUACACGUGGGGGAAGACACUCUGCGGUGAUAGCUUCCAGUUCAUUGGCCAGCAGAUGGACAGGUAAAACUGCCAGGACCAAUUGGAGUUGAAGCUACAAAUGACAGCUGUCAAUCAUCUCUGGAGAACGACACUGAAACCGGUAGAGGAAAAGUGUCAUUUUAUAUUUUAUGAGAGCUGCACUAUAAGAUAAACUAACUAUCCUUACUGGCAAAUUAUUAAGUAUUAUCUCCCACUUUAUUUCAAAUGUUACAUUUCAUUUGUUAGCCUUUUUGUUAUCUCAAGGUUUGACUGCAAAUUAUUUUGAAAGUUUUUUUUAAUCGAUGUUGCCAUUUAGCGUUAUUCCAUUUAGUUGCCAUUUAGAACUGUUUCCCCUUUAAGGAAUACCUUUCUAUCAGCUCUACUUAACAACUUCCCAGUUUUCAGUCUACAAAGUACACUUUGCCAUAGUGAAGACUUACUGAACACAAGGGCUCUAUUCACUCAAACCUGGGUUUGAUGUCUGGAUUUCUCAAAAACAAUUAUUCUUGCACUGUUAGAAUGCUUUUUUUUUAAUUCAGUAGCUCAAAAAAAGUAUGCUUACAGUGUAAAAUAAAAAUAAAUACAACCUCAACUUACUUAACCCCGCACAGGUAGAAAUGUUGUAUUUGACGUAACCGGCAAACCUGCUUCCCAGGUUUGAUUGGAUUGGGCCGUAAAUCAAUACCUCAAAGUGCACAAAAUGUCCUUCCAAUAUGAAUGGCAGUGUUUCAGCAUCAGCCUUCAACUAUACAGCAGUGAAUCGCAAGAUACUGUAGUAGGUGUGUGCGCAUGGAGGGGAGAUGACAAUAGGGCUGUGUGUGUGAGAGAAAGAGAGAGGAGAGAGAAAGGGGGAGAGUAUAUAUGAGAAUGUUUGAGGCAGAGAUCCAAGAUUAUGCCUUUUGUCACCCCCUUCAUGAACACAGAUUUGUUGCACACACACAAACAUCCUCUCCGGCCGAGGCACUUUUCACUUCCCUCUGGACAAUAUCACCACAUUGCCUUGUUGAGGACUUUGUUUUUCUGCGAGACUUAAACCCAGACCUCAAUGUUAACCAAUGGCUGCCUCUCGCUCUCGGGAUGAGGGAACCACAUACUUACUAUUCUAUAGCAAUCUGAGAUGCUGCAUUCUCUCACUCUACCUGACUACUGUUGCUAACUACUAUAAAUCGGCAUAAGCAGAGAGCCUGGCACCCAGGUGACACCCAUGUUUCUAGAUAACCAUCAGUAGCCUAGUAUACAGAUGUUUUAAUUAGGCAGGGUUGGAUCAAUUCCAUCUCAUUUAUUUCAUUUGAAAAAUUGUCAUUGGCAAUAUUUUCUUCAAUUCAUUAACUGAAUUUCCAUUUCAUUCCUGAGUUUGAAUGUAUUGUACCCCAUUCCUGCUGUUUGGAACGAUCCACUGCGAAAGAAAGCAGUGGUGUGUAGACGAGUAUAGGAGUGAUGUAAUUUCCUCUCAAUAAACUGUCAUAGUAAUGACUUAUCUCACAAAAACAGUCAAUACCUGUAUUCUGUUUCUGUUGUGCUUCUCGGGCAUACAACACAAGUGAAUCUGGGGCAUACUCCAGUGGAGUGGUUGGUCUCAUCUUCUGUUCUGUGAAUGAGACAAGAAGGGUUAGAGGGGUGGGCAAAGGGAGGGGGUUGGGGGUAAGGAAGGUGGGUUGGCAAACUAAUGACAUUAUUUGCACAGAUCUGUUUUGGAAUCAAAUCUUGGCAAUCAUUGUUUUGUUGAUUUUAAGAGGUUGUAUUUGUUUAUAUAAUAAAGUAAUAAACCAAUUUAAAUAAAUGCCAA